GAGACAGCAACCUAACCAAGGCAAUCACAACCAGCACUGCAACUGUCCAUCCACUCUACUCCACUCUCCACUCCUCAAAGGAACUCUGAACGGUCCUCCAGUCUCUCUCUCCGUCUCCUGCUCCAGUGCGUGAGUGCAGUCCGUAUCCUGCUUCCUCUCAGCAUGCAGCUCCUGGUCGUUUUAGCUGCUCUCAUGGGGGUCCUGUACAGUGCGAGAGCAGCCGCUGUGCUUCCUGUGGAGGAGAGGAGCCCCAUCCAGGCGAACCGGGAGUUGAGUACAGAGCGUAAGCAGCUGAUUCUGAAGCUGGUGUCAGGCUUGCUGGACGGUGCGUCAGACUCAAACAUGCUGCCGGGGGACGUGUCUCCCCUGGACUUGGAGGAGCCCCUGGAGUCUCGUCUGGAGGAGAGGGCUGUCUACAACCGGCUAUCACAGCUCCCACAGAGAGACCGCAAAGCCCCUUGUAAAAACUUCUUCUGGAAAACCUUCACCUCUUGCUAACAGUGUCCGUGACGCUCAACCUACCUACCUACCAACCUACCUACUUACAUACCCACCUACGUUGUCCUCCCAGGUUGAAGCUCAGCUCCAAACCCCGACUUGUGAAACCCAACGAGAAUCCAUGAACUGCGGUAGACCCCAACUGUACAUAUCAUGCACUCUUGUCUGAGCGAGCAAUCUCAAUGGACUUCACUGACACAGUCUGUCUUGUUUGACUAUCGACGAUUUAUCUAUGUAUCUAUCUAUUUAUGUAGGUAUUUCUUUAUUUAAAGUUCAAUCCAAAUAUAAUAAAAGCAUGAUU